AGCCUCUGACAUCAACUACUCCAUUUUUAAUUCCUUCUCCACCUCUUCCUCAUAUAUAUACACACAUAUACAUAGAUUCCCACAAAAAAUAACCAAAUCCACCCAUCCAAAUUUCCCGAUCUCCGUCACCGGAAUCUCAACCUCACCAUUGACUCACUCAACUCAACUGGGUACCAUCUGUUAUGGCAGAUAUAGUCAAACAGAUCUUAGCCCGACCCAUUCAGUUAGCAGAUCAAGUCAUCAAAACAUCAGAUGAAGCCGUAAUCAACAAACAAGAUUGCGCCGAACUCAAAUCAAAAACCGAAAAGUUAGCUGGCCUUUUACGCCAAGCGGCUCGAGCCAGUAGCGAUCUUUAUGAACGACCCACAAAACGUAUAAUUGAUGACACCGAACAAGUUCUCGACAAAGCACUUUCUUUAGUACUUAAAUGUCGUAACAAUGGUGUUAUAAAACGUGUUUUUACUAUAAUCCCAGCUGCCGGUUUUCGAAAAAUGUCUGCCCAGCUUGAAAAUUCAAUUGGUGAUGUUUCUUGGUUGUUACGUGUGUCUGCACCGAAUAAUUCGACAGAUGAGUAUUUGGGUCUUCCCCCGAUUGCUGCGAAUGAGCCGAUUUUGUGUUUAAUUUGGGAACAGAUUGCGAUUUUGUAUACAGGGUCAUUAGAUGAUAGAAGUGACGCUGCUGCAUCACUUGUUUCUUUAGCAAGAGAUAAUGAUAGAUAUGGAAAGUUGAUUAUUGAAGAAGGCGGGGUUAAUCCGCUUUUAAAGUUAGCAAAAGAAGGCAAAAUGGAAGGUCAAGAAAAUGCUGCAUUGGCUAUUGGGCUGUUGGGGCGAGAUCCUGAAAGUGUGGAACAUAUGAUACAUUCUGGGGUGUGUUCUGUUUUUGUUAAGAUUUUAAAAGAAGGGCCUAUGAAAGUACAAGGUGUUGUGGCUUGGGCUGUUUCUGAGUUAGUUGCACAUUAUCCGAAAUGUCAGGAUUUAUUUGCUCAACAUAAUAUUGUGAGGUUGUUAGUUGGGCAUCUCGCGUUUGAGACGGUUGAAGAACAUAGUAAGUAUGCUAUUACUAGUAAUAAACCGACUUCUAUUCAUGCUGUUGUUUUAGCUAGUAAUAAUAAUACUAAUGGUAAUAAUAGUAGUACUGGUAAUAAUGUGAAUCAAAGUAAUAAGGGUGUGGUUAAUCAGAAUUAUGAUGAUGAUAAGAAUAGAGUUGCGCAUCCUGGCGGGACUAGUACGGAUAGUCAGCAACCGUUUAGGAUGCAUAGUGUUGUUGCUAGUACUAUGGCUAUGAAAAACCAAACUAAGGUUCCUGUUAGUCAAGGUAGUAAUGGAAUGGCAGCGAAUACGAACCUAAGUCAAAAAAGUGAGAAUGUUGUGAAGAAGCAGAAUCAUCAUCAUUAUACGAAUGUAUCAUUAACUGCUCAUAGUUUACAUAAAGGGAGGGAAUUAGAAGAUCCUGCAACAAAAGCUUAUAUGAAGGCUAUGGCUGCUAGAGCACUAUGGCAUUUGGCUAGUGGGAAUUCAGCCAUUUGUAAGAGUAUUACUGAAUCAAGAGCUUUGUUAUGUUUUGCUGUCUUGUUGGAGAAAGGUCCUGAAGAUGUGCAGUAUAAUUCAGCUAUGGCGCUUAUGGAAAUUACUAGUGUGGCAGAACAAGAUUCUGAGCUGAGACGUUCUGCUUUCAAACCAAAUGCACCUGCUUGCAAAGCUGUUAUUGAACAAUUACUUAAAAUUAUAGAAAAAGCAGACUCGAAGCUCCUGCUUCCAUGUGUUAACGCGAUUGGAAACUUGGCAAGAACUUUCCGUGCCACUGAGUCUCAGAUGAUUCAACCAUUGGUUCAACUUCUUGAUGAACGAGAACCAGAGAUUACAAAAGCAGCAGCCGUUGCAUUGACCAAGUUCGCCUGCUCAGAAAACUAUCUCCACCUUGACCAUUCCAAAGCGAUUAUCAGUGCUGGAGGUGCCAAACAUUUGAUUCAGUUGGUCUACUUUGGUGAACAAAUGGUUCAGCCCGCUACUUUGGUGCUGCUAUGCUACAUUGCUCUGCACGUGCCAGAUAGUGAAGAUCUUGCGCAAGCUGAGGUGCUUACCGUUGUUGAAUGGGCAUCGAAACAAUCUCUGUUUAUCCAAGAUGAAGCCGUGGAGUCUCUUUUACAGAACUCCAAAGGUAGGUUGGAACUCUAUCAAUCUCGAGGAUCACGGGGUUUUCAUUAGAAUUAUAUCAUAAGCUUAUCAUUUAUAUGUUAAAUAGUUUAGGUUUGUUCCUUUCAAUUUUGGUUUUUUUUUUUUUAAUUUGCUUGUUACACAUAUAUGUUUAUUGUUGUUGUGGAGUGUACAUGAGAUAUAUUGUAACCUAUAGUUAUUCUGUAAAACAAAUAUUACAAUUGCCAAUUGUAUUCAUCUUCUCAUUCUUGUA